AUGACCAAAACUUUUCACUCUUUCUCGAAGCUGCCAGCUGAGCUCAGACUAUGCAUCUGGGAGUUGGCAGUUCGACCUACGCGUCCCGACCAUCCGGGAGCUCAUUUCUUUUCAGUCCAACGAGACGUCAAAACGGGCAAGCGCUUCACGGCAUUCACCUCCUUUACACAGAAGUCGAAACCACUCUGCAGGGAAGAUAAUCCUUCGGCAUACUUCUACGACUUUGGCAUGUGGACAGCCUGCAAGGAGUCGAGAAUGGUCGUCACCAAGCAAAUCGCAAGAUGUUACAAAGACCUUCGCUGGGGAAAAAGCCGCGCUGUUGCUCGCAUACGACAUGGCCAGCAAAGCAUAACGUUUGGUCUAUUUCCGGGGCAAGAUCUCAUUUGCAUGCAGCUUCCGGAUACGAAGAAUCUUUAUCCAUAUGCUUAUAAUCCUCUCUCUUAUCUUGAUAUAUAUACGAAGUACUCCCAUACAGUGAUGGCGUCUAUCGCGUUUGAGUACGACGAAUCCUGGGCUUUUGACCCAGAAAAAGACCAGAUUGGUACCAUGAUGGCCGAGCCGUGA